GUUAUUAUGCUCUGUGUCUCGCUCUCUCUCUCAGGCACAGACUUGGGUGUGGCAGUCACUGGGGAUCCUCAGCCUCAGCUGCUGAUAUCUCACCAGGACCUGACUGGGCAGAGUGCAGGGCACAGGCUGGUGAGGGCGGUUACUGGAGUGUGUUGCAGUUGCUAUAAACCAUGGCAUCAGAUCUCAGGGCAUCAAGAGGAACCAUUAAGGAUCAUCCAGGCUUUGAUGUAAAUAAUGAUUCUGAAGUUCUGAGGAAAGCAAUGAAGGGACUUGGUACCGAUGAAGAUUCCAUCAUUAAUCUUUUGACAAACCGGAGCAGUGCCCAACGCAAGCAGAUGUGUAAAGCGUACAAAACUCUGUUUGGCAAGGAUCUGGUUGAGGACCUAAAAUCUGAACUGGGUGGGAAAUUUGAAAAACUGAUUGUUGGAAUGAUGAAGACUCGCCUUGAGUACGAUGUCUCUCAGUUGCGCGAUGCACUUAAGGGAGCAGGAACUAAUGAAAAGUGCUUGAUUGAAAUUCUUGCCUCAAGAACAAAUGCGGAAAUCCAUGAGAUCAAAGCCGCUUACAAAGAAGAGUAUGGCAAGGACUUGGAAGAAGACAUAGUCAAUGACACCUCUGGCCAUUUUGGAAGGAUGUUGGUAAUUCUCCUCCAGGGCAAUCGUGAUCAGGGCAGACAUACUGAAGAAGCUUCUGUUAAGCAGGAUGCUGAGGAGCUGUUUCAGGCUGGAGAGUUGCAGUGUGGCACUGAUGAGUCGAAGUUUCUCACGAUUAUUGGGACAAGAAAUAUUCAUCACCUUCGGAAGGUAUUUGACCAAUACAUGAAAAUCUCCGGCUAUCAAAUCGAGGAAAGCAUUUCUUCGGAGACAUCAGGGAAUCUGGCUAAUGCAUUAUUGGCUGUCGUGAAAUGUGUAAGAGAUGUCCCUGAGUAUUUUGCCGAAAGCCUGCACAAUUCCAUGAAGGGAGCUGGCACAGAUGAUGACACUCUGAUCAGAAUCAUGAUUUCAAGGAGUGAAGUAGACAUGUUGGAUAUCCGUGAGAAAUUCCGUCAGAAGUUUGGAAAAUCCCUGUACAUUGCGAUCAAGAAAGAUACUUCGGGUGAUUACAGGAAUGCUCUUCUAAAACUGUGUGGUGGUGGUGUUGGUGAAUAAUUUCUUCUGAAGGAGGCAGUUCUGCAAGAUUUGAGAUUAUUGCUGUGUAGAAUCAUUGAUGGCUUUAUUAUGCAAAUACUUCGAUGAACAAUCUUGUAAAACACAUUUUAAGAUUUGCUGCUAACGCUUUGCAUACUAGCCCCUUUUCAAUGUCUAUAGUGCUUGCCAUUUUGCUGUUGAGAUAUAAAGGGAAUACUUUCUCAUAAUACAUGAAGUCAGUCUGUAGAAAUCUGAUUCAUUCAGACAUGAGUUGGACCAAUAAGGAGAUGAAAGACCAAAUGUCUAGGAGAAGUUUAUUGAAUUGGCAGGAAUGUAAUUAGUAUUAAAACCUAAUUCCUGUGAUCAAGAUUUGAUGGAUUAAGGACUCUGGUCACUGGUUUUCAGUUGCAAUGCCUCCCCUUCCUAUGUAUAAUGUCUCUUAUUUUGGUAUUACAGUGGUUAUGUGGAGAGAAUUUUGCAAAACAAACCUCCACACAGAGAGUGUCUAUGUACCAGGGGUGGGGGAGAGAGAAAGUUGCAGUAGACUGCUGGAAACAUGUGUAUCGAGGCACUGUCUUGCUUCACGACUAGUGACCACCAUCAGAAUACAUUGAAGUUGAAGGCCCAUACAAGCACUUUUUGGCUAGAGGUUUAAAGACCUAGUAAAUUUUGUAUAUUUGCGUACUAAUGCAUUUAGCCACUAAUAUAAAGGCUUAAUUGUCCAGCUCCUAAAUGUAGACAUUGGUAAUCAUGAAAACAAUUUGCGCUUUACAUGUAUAAGGUAUUACUGUAAUAAGAGUAACAUCAAAAAUGUGUUGGCAAUGGCUUGUUAUGUAUCAACCAUGGUGCAACCCAAAAAAAUUACUGAGAAAAUACAUCUUUUUUUCAAUUUUGAAAA